GUUGCUCUCUAGACUCUGUUAAGGUUGGGUGUUACUGACCUUGCUCUGACUCUAGUGAGUGGACUUCCCUCAUCAGACUUGUGAUGCAGACCACCUCAGAUCUCAACAACAUGGAGAAGGACACCUUUGAGGCGUCCAACUGUACUGUUGAGGAGUAUGAGCUGGCCUGCAGAUAAAGGUUUGCUGAGGACAACAUCAUGUAUGAGCGACUCAUCAUCUACUUGAGGACCAGAAGGCAUGCCUCUGGACUUAAGGGUGCUGAGCAGCAGAAAGUAUUGCGAUGGGCACGCCAAUUCCAGUGGGAUGAACAGGAUCAGAAGCAGUACAGAGUGGACCAUGAUGGGAAGCCUCGGAAGCUCGUGGUGAGGUCAUUUGAGGAGGUUGCUGCUAUGUUAUAUCAUCAUCACAGCAGUCCCACUGCAGGGCAUAGCGGCUGGGUUACCACUUGUCAGAAUGUCUCCCCAGUUUACUAUUGGCGAAACAUGACCCAGGACAUCAAACAUAAUUAAGUGCCAGCACUACACGCCAAUGAAGACAAAGGCCCCAAAGAUGCGUCCCAUAAAGGUGAAGGAGCCGUUGGAACUUAUAGGAGUUGACUUGGUCGGUGGGGCAAGCCUGCAAGGAUCCUGACUGAUCAGGGACGUGAGUUAUGUUCCUCGAUCAACGACGAUACGGGAUCCGGAGGAGUAUCACGUCUGCCUACCAUCCCCAGACUAAUGGACUGGCAGAGAGAAUUAACCAGACUCUGGAGACCAGGCUUUCCAAGCUCUGCAACGCGACCAAGACUAUCUGGCCAAACUUCCUGGAUGAAGUCGCCUAUAGCAUCCGCACCCAAAAGCAGCGGACCACCGGGUUCACACCAUUCCGGUUGAUGUUUGCUCGUGAGCACCGGCCACUUCACCAGGAAGAAAAUACAUUUGAUCCUGAGGCUUCUGCACAAACAGAGGGAAGGAGUACCACACCAGAAUUCUUUGAAGAACUUAUUGAACUGCCCUCUUCCGAGGACAUUGUGGAGUGUGUCAAUGAGCAGGACCAGAGGCGUGAAGAACUGCACUCCAAGCGGGAACAGAGAGUUGAAGCAGCCCAAGAAAAGCAGAAGGCUGAGUACAGGAACAGGAAAGCAAGAGGAGUGAAGACCUUCAACUUCUGUGUAGGGAUGAAGGUUCUUAAAAGAAACCUUCGCAAUGAGACUCGGAAGGGUGAGAAAAUGGAGCAGAAGUGGACUGGUCCAUACAAAGUCCUUGACAUCGACUCCUCAAACCGUGUGGCACUUGAGGCUGUGAGUAAUGGGAAGAAGCUCAAGAGCCGUACUCCAUACAACAACCUGAGGCCAUUCCUCCAGAGCCAGUUGCACUGUGACAGACACUUAUUGGACCACAGAGAUGGACUGCAGCCCUCCAGCAUUCAGGGACCUGUACAGCCAUCACCUGACACCUCACAGUUGCCUGCUGAACUGAACAGCCUGGAGGGACAGCAGCACUGUGAAGCUCGCCUGGCUCCUUCCCUGCAACGAAAGGUUCCCCUGGCCCCUGCCCAUGGAAAUCCAAGUGAAGCGGCAAGGGAAGUAUCCAUUGAAGGGAAGUGGUUGACAGACCUACACAUAGAUCAUGCACAGCAUUUGCUCGGAAGCAGUUUUCUCAAUGUUUCAGGUUUCCAGUCUACUGUUGUCUUUCAAACUGCAAAAUGUGUGCAUGUUAAAAGUUUCGUGACUGGUAGGAGGAAGGGGAGUGUUGUCGUCGCCUAUAUAUUAAUAAAUGUUUAUUCCCCCCAUUUCUUUGUAUGUAUUGCGCUAUCUUGUAAUAUUGGUAAUAACAGAAUAAUGACAGGGUUGUGACUAUAGAGGCCUCCGUCGCCCUUGGUCCUUUUAAGACUCGCUGUCCCGUCGCCGUUAAAGGAUAGGUUGAGUUAAAUCGUCGAAAGAACAUUUAGUGCUCCUGUUUUUUUAUCCCUCAUUACCUAUGCCAAAACAGUGUAUUCCUGCAAUAUAAAAACAACUUUAAAUAA